AUGUUAAAAAUUGCAUCUUUUGAUUCUCAAACCAAAGAGACUUUGACAAUUCGCCAAAGAAGUUUUGGGUCAAAAUGUGAACUUUCACAGGAGUUCCUGAAGAAAGUGUCCAAGUCUGGAAUUGUGGAAAGUCUCUUGUCAUGGGCAGAUUUUAAGAUUUAUGUCCAAAUGCAGGCAGCAAAGAGAAGCCAAACACCUCUUCCUUCUCAGGAAAUAAAUAUAACUGCUCAGUGCUUAGUGUUCACAAAUAACAAAAACAGAGCUGUCUUAACUUGGGAACAGAGACUUCAAAUAGCAAUAGAUGCAUCACAUGCAUUGGAGUAUCUGCAUGAUGGUUGCAAACCACCCAUAAUCCACAGAGACAUCAAGACUGCCAACAUCUUAGUGAAUGAAAAUUUGCAAGCGAAAGUUGUAGAUUUUGGAUUGUCCAGAAACUUUCCCGAUGAAGACGGAGAUCAUGUAUCAACUGCAGUUGUUGGAACUUUAGGAUAUCUUGAUCCAGAGCAAGUCUCCAGUCAGUACCAUUCUACAAGCAGGUUAACGAAGAAAAGUGACGUCUAUAGCUUUGGUGUUGUUCUAUUAGAACUGAUCACAGGCAAACCUGCAAUCAUAAAAAACGAUGAGAACAUUCAUGUAGUCAACUGGGUUAAGCCCAUGCUUGAAAGAGGGGAAAUUAGCAACAUUGUUGAUCCAAGAUUACAAGGUGAAUUUGACAUUAAUUCUGCUUGGAAAGCUUUCGAGACUGCAAUGGCAUGCAUACCGACAAGUUUCAAUCAAAGGCCGAACAUGAGUGGUGUAGUAGGAGAAUUAAAGGACUAUUUGAAAAUAUAUGUAGGCAGUGGAAAAACUUUGGAUACAACAGAAAUCAACAAGUUGACAUCAAGCCAAAGAAAUCUUGAAUCUUCAAUGAUCUGUCCACAAGCAAGGUAG